UGGAGAGAUCAAAGGGGAUACUGGUUUGACGACCGCAGAGGGCGUGGAUUGUAUUCGCUGUAGGUACAUAAGAAAAGCGCGAGGCAGAUGUUUUUGCUGACGUACUGCAUUGUCUGCGUUGUACCGCUCGGCGCUCAGGAACUCGUUUCACGCUUCACGUGUCUUGCGACUCUUGCGAGGUGGUUUCCCGCGCGAUUUGUCGUAGUUCUGAUAAACAGCAUCACAAUGACGUUCGACUUGUAUAAUAUCAUACAGUUCACUCUGCUGCCAAUUGUCGUGCUCAGCAUCCUCGUUACGAUUCGGCCGAAAAAGAUGAAAGACAUCAGGAACAAGCACGUUGUCGUGACCGGCGGCUCUAGCGGCAUUGGAAAAUGCCUGGCGAUUCUCGCCGCGAAGAAGGGAGCGAAUGUCACGAUAAUCGCGAGGAACGUGGAGAAUUUGGAGAAGGCCAAAGACGAGGUGCUGCAAGCGUGCGUGAACAAGGACGCGCAGAAGGUGGAGUGUCUGCCUUUGGACAUUGGAAAGGAUUACGAGACUGUCGAGAAGGCACUGGCCGAACUGGAGAAAAAUAUGGGACCGGUUCACAUGCUCGUAAAUUGCGCUGGCCUGGCGAUCGCCGGCAAAAUAGAAGACACCACCGCAGAGGAUCUCGACAAAAUGAUGCGCACGAAUUUCCUCGGCACAUAUUACUGCACCAAGGCUGUUGUGCCGAGAAUGAAGGCGUCCAAAGAAGGAACGAUUGUACUUGUGUCCUCUCAAGCUGGCCUCCUAGGUAUCAUUGGAUACACCGCUUACAGCAGCACGAAAUUCGCCCUCCGUGGCUUAGCGGAGAGCUUGGCGAUGGAACUGCGGCCGUACGACAUCUCUGUUACCCUGUGUCUGCCAGCGGACACGGACACGCCUGGUUACGCCAUGGAAGAGCUGACGAAGCCGAUUGAAACGAAGGCCAUAUCGGAGAUGAUAAAGCUGGUCCAGCCCGAGGUCGUUGCCGAGAAGGCUCUCGAGGACGCGCUGGCAACAAAUUUCUUCUCUUAUGUUGGCCUGGAAAGCUUCGCACUGACGACGAUGUGCGCGGGAAUGUCGCCGAUCAAGUCGUUUUCCCAGCUGUUCGUGCAAGUGCUGCUGAUGGGCCCGUUGAGACUCAUCGGUGCAAUCCAACAUUUCGUCAUGCAGAAAAUCAUCGAAAAAUGCCAGCAACGUACGAGUCCUGAGGUCGUAAAAAAGGUAGAAUAAAAGAAAAAGAAAAUUUUCUUAUAAUAUCCUGUGAUCUAUGACCAAAAUAUUCCGUUCUAAGGUGGAUCAUUCAUUUGAUAUAGCUUUAAUAAGCUUUCUUGCUCCGUACCAUCGUGCAUCGUAUAUCGUAACACAAUUUAUUUGCUAUAUAAAUCACAAAUUUUCUUUUUUCUUUUUUUCUUUUUACCGAAAUCUACUCUUGUAAUAAAAACGAAGUUACUUUAUAACGAUGCACGUAUGACAUAAAGAUGUGAGCUCUUAAUACAUGUGUUUAUAUAAUACAACGAUCGUGCUUGCAACAUCGUAACACAAUUUAUUUGCUACAUGAUUCACAAUUUUUUUUUUUUUUUUUUUUAAACGAAAUACUACUUUUGUAAUAAGAAUGAAGUUUAUAACGAUGCAAGUGUGAUUAACGUAAAGAUGUGAGCUCUUCCUAAUACAUACACGUGUUUAUAUUACAAUGAUAAAUAUAAGUUAUGUGAAAGAAGAUAGAUACAUAUACAUGACAGAUUAUUUUAAUAUAUAAUGCGAUAUGCAAAGCAGAAAAAAAGUCUCAAAACAAUUUAAUUGCAUUUACAUGAUUGGCACAUUUUUUUUUUUUUACCGAGUCUACUCUAGUGAUAAGAACGAAAUUUAUUUUUAUAAUGAUAUGUGAGUGCCGGUAAAGAUGUGAGGUUUUUCUAACAUAUACAAUGUAUAAUAUUUAGAACAAUGAUAAGUAUAAGUUGUGUGAAAAGAGAUAGAUAUGAAAGAUUACUUUAAUAUAUAGUGUAACAUGCGGUAAUACGACGUACGAAUUAAUGUACGAAGGAGCGAAAGAAAUAAAACACGGUCCUCUUUAA